AUGGAAUUAUCUAGGGAGGAGCGUAUGCAACAACGGCUGCGAGGUGCCCAGCGUCAAGUCAAAGAUGUUGACUUUGGCUUUAUGUUACCGGCUUUCGCUGCACCGCUUGCACCGCCUGCAGUAGCAUCAUCCUUAGCAAUUCCGAAUUUACUUUCAGAAACUCCCGUAAACCUGGAAAGUCCUCAACCAGAUUUACCUUCACAACCUAUAAGUCAAACGCCGGCUACUGCGAGCAGGAAUCGUGAUAUAACUUCGGCUGUACUUGGUUUACAAUCAAACAAUAUUACCAGAUCCAAUACUGGGAACGAUGCAAAUACGUCUGCGAAGAGGAGGAAGUUGAACAAUGAUGAGGCACCAUCAUCCUCCACCAGAAGUAUCCGGUCUUCUCGAGGUUCUGCCAGGAAAGAUAUAUAUGAUAUGCCAGAAGAUGAUGAGCCAGAGCAAACUCCGACGGAGAACUCACACCUUCCCGGUGCCGGAUCAUUGGAAGACAGCGCCAACGAACCAGAAAUCAUCGAGACUGCUCCAUCAACUACCGAGUUACCGUCCGAGCCAAUUGAGUCCAUUGAAAGAGAUUCUUUAAAAGCAAUUGUGAUAGGAGACGACGAUGAGCAAUUACCUGACCCUGUGGAUAAAUCGCUACAAGAGGAAGUCGACUUUUCUGCUGUAAAAGAAACGGAAUCCCCCGAGGUACUAUCACGCCCCUCACGGAAUAAAAGAAAGAGAAAUGCGCCACCUUCCGAACCUUCAGGGUUAGACAGAUCCGCCAUUAAUGAAGCCGACCCCCAAGAUACUACAAGUAACACUGUUGAUGAAGUUCCGUCCAUACAACCAAGACGAUCCCGUAGAAAAUCAACUUUACAGGUGGAGGUUCCAAUCAACGAAGAAGUAAACCUCGAGGAUUCCACAGAACAAUAUGAAGCGAUUGAUGACUACGAAGCCGCAGUCACGUUGAAGAAAAGUCGAGGAUCAAGAGUAUCCAGAAAUGUCGUUGCUUCCGAAGAAUCCAUACCAGAGGAUCCUGCACCUCCUAGAUCUCCUAUUGCCAAGGAAAAGCGAGGUCGGGUUCGACAAAUUGCCAGUCCAGUACAGCAACGCCAGCCAGCUCCUCCAAAGGCUAAACUGCAGAAGUCAGAGAAGAAGAACAAAAGACAGAAGGAUCGCGAAGGAAGCCCGAUACCUGUGACUGUGCAUCGAUUAACAAAAGGUCCUGUCUACGAUGACGAUGAUUCCGAUGCUGAUAUCCUCAAUUCUGAGAUACCAUGUGCGGCACGAGCAGGUGUGAAUGCCGUGGAUGUUCUUAGUCAAAUAUGUCAAGAGUUGGUCACUGCCGGUCUAGAAACCCUAGGAGAUAAUGCAGUGAGAACCCAGGAGGCCACCCAAAGACUCGAGUACAAGACAAAGAUCCGAGCUGUAGAAAGUUUCAGUAAAGAAUUGCAAGUCCGCCUCCUAGAACAUACGAUCAAUCUUGACAAUUCAUAUUCUCUCGAAAAACGCUUGCGUGAAGGUCAAAGAAAGAAGCUAUCUCUACGAGAAGAAAUCCUUCGCGUAAGAGCAGCACGAGAGAAGGUUGCCUUAAGGAUGGACGAGAUACGAAUUACUCAUGAGAAGGACUCUCACGAUGCCCAGCAACGUGAAGUACUCAACUCCACGGUACACGACAUUGAACUUGCAAUUGAGCGAGGAAAAUCCUCUUCCGGCCAUACAGAUGCAGAUGAUGGAAAAGCAAACAUAGAACUCUCGUUAAAACAUGUCGCAUCUGAAGCAAGUAGUGCAAGUGAUGAUGGAGGUAUCCUGAAGCAGAUCAAGGCUUUCAAUGCAUUCAUGGAACGAGCUGCAUUGGCGUUAGAGGGAAGGAAAGCUGUUUGA